AUGCUGCUGCUCGAUUGCAACCCAGAGGUGGAUAGUCUGAAGCAUCUGCUGGAGACCGGGGCCUCAGUCAACGCACCCCCGGAUCCUUGCGAGCAGUCGCCUGUCCACUUGGCUGCAGGUGGCGGCCUUGCUUGCUUUCUUCUCUGGCAGCUGCAGACGGGCGCUGACCUCAACCAGCAGGAUGUUUUUGGAGAAGCUCCCCUACACAAGGCAGCAAGAGUUGGAAGCAUGGAAUGCCUCAGCCUGCUUGUAGCCAGUGAUGCCCAAAUUGAUUUAUGUAAUAAGAAUGGGCAAACAGCUGAAGAUCUUGCUUGGUCAUGUGGAUUUCCAGAAUGUGCCAAGUUUCUUACAACAAUUAAAUGCAUGCAGACAAUAAAAUCAAGGGAACAACCCAAUAAAGAUCAUUGUGUUCAAGUGCUCAGACAGAAACGAAGUUUUGGAAGUGAAGAAAAUACAAAUGGGAAAAGGAAGUGUUGGUAA